AUGCGUCCGUCACAAAAUCCAUCUGGAUCUAACUCUCGUUGGGCAAGAGGAUUACCGUCCUCGAGGCUCGAUGCGAAUGCCUACUUCCGCAGCGAAGCAAGAAGGCUUGCACCUAAUCCCCGUCAAGGUUUAUCUAAUAUGGACGACCUAUACCAGCGAAUGGACUUGGGGGGUUCGGGAAACAGCUUCCCCGCUUCAUCUCAGCGUCAACCAUGUGCUAGCACCUCUUCCCACCUUCCCCUACUCGAACAUAUGGGCACCACUCGUCUUCCUUUACUCGAUCAUACGAGAACCUCGCAUCCAACACAGAGACCUACUGGUCACUCAGGUGAAUCCAGUCGGAGAUCCGAUUCCGAACACAAUACACGAAUGGCCACACGACAAACACAAUACCAGCAGCUUCCAUUGCAAGACCAGCAAGACCAGGAACAGUGGGCGCAAAAUCAGUUGUCACAAAGCUGGGAUAAGUGUGAUCAGGGAUACCAGUGGAUUAGAGAUAUUGGGGGUUAUCGAUGUUCAGGGGGGUCUCAUUUUGUAACUGAUGAGUUGGUUGCUGAGGGGAAAGGCUAUUACUUUCAGAAGACUACAACACAACGUGGGGCUUUUUAUUCAACUGCUUGGACUGGACCACUUGAUCGGAGAACUCACCACACAGUCUUGAAUUACCUCAAGUACCAACACCCCCCCAAUUCGUUUGCUACGAGGGGAUGGAGACCUUAG